AUGGCGUCUUAUGGACCACCGCCUGCAGCGGGGUACAUAGAUCCCGAGAUUCCUGAACAGGUUGCGACCGCGCAGCUUUCAAAUUCUCUCUUCAGAGGGGCUGCAGUACAAGUACAGCUACCACGGGUGACAAUACAGUACUGUACGCAGUGCCGGUGGAUGCUACGAGCGGCUUAUUACGGCCAAGAGCUCCUCUCCACCUUCUCCACCAUACUAGGCGAAGUUGCCCUGAUACCCAGCACCAGCGGCACCUUUACCAUCUCCAUCUUGUAUAAAUCUGACGCCGACUUUGCCACCCAGGAAACAAUGCUCUGGGAUCGCAGACUCAAUGGUGGAUUUCCGGAAACAAAACAGCUGAAAUCCCUCGUUCGAAACAUCAUUGACCCAAACCGCGGACUAGGCCACAUCGACCGUGCCAUGGCUAGAUCGCAGCUCCAACAACAGCAGCAACCUCCAAUUGAAAAUACUACUGAAGAAAUGCAACAGCCUGCAGUAAUGACUGGUGCAGCGCCGCCACCACCAGUGAUGGCUGUACCUCCUGACGAAUCUGAUGUAUAUAAUAACGAAAAAGCAAGUGUCAAUAGUGACAUCUGUGAGGAUUGUCAAUGA